AUGCCGGGCAAGAUUACGUGCUAUCUGGACUGCGUAUCUCCAUACUCAUACUUCGCUCUGCUUCAUCUUGAACGAAACAGAUCGAUUCUCGAAGCACACAAUAUCGAAAUCGAUAUAGUACCCGUCUUCCUAGGCGGCAUCAAUGCCGGCAGCGGCAACAAGCCUCCGUGGACCCUCGAGGCAAAGGCAAAGUAUAGCAAGUAUGAUACCAAGCGGGCAAAAGAAUACUUUGGAGUACCCGAGCUACAAGUCCCGCCAUUUUUUCCCAUCGUGUCCUUGCUACCACAGCGGGCGCUGUGCCAUGUGAAAGAGUCACAUGCCGAGCAUUUUGUGAGCAUCUUCCUUGACAUCUUCACUGCUAUGUGGAAGAACCAUAAAGAUUUCAGUAAACCAGAGGUCCUUGCAGAGGUGCUUCAGCUGCGGCUGAAGGAAGACCAGGUCCGAGAUGUAUUGGCAAAUGCAAGCAGCGCGCCGUUCAAGCAGCGUCUCAACGACAACACAAAGGAAGCGCUUGAUAAAGGCGCGUUUGGCUGUCCAUGGUUCUCUGUCCGGAACUCGAAGGGAAAAGAAGAACCUUUCUUUGGUAGUGACAGGUUCUCUUACAUGUGGGAAUUUCUCGGGUUGCCGUGGAAGGACGUUGAACUGCUGUCGCCUGGUAAUCAGAAGGCAAAGAUUUGA